GAGAGCAGACACCGUUCAGUUUGGCCCAUCUGCAGACUAUAACCUUGGAAAUACUACAAAGAGGGAACCUAAACUUUUCUCCAUUGCUUUCAGACAACCCCCUCCAAAAAAAGAAGAAAAAAACCCGGACCGAUCUGUUUCUCUUCUUCAAUGGAAGCAGUGUGCUCGCCUGAAACUUCGGUGAACUUUUCUCCGCAGUAGUUAGUCGCCGGGACGGUUUCGCUGUGAGACAUGCCGGAGCGAAUCAGCAUUUCGGACUUCGUGGUACUGACGAAUGAGGAUUUGGCUUCGCCCGGGACGUCCAGUUUUCAGUCCAAAAUGAGCGACUGUCGGAACACGGUGUCGGCCGUGGAGGAGUCCCUGGAGAUCGACCAGGCUACACUGCAGAGGAUGAAGAAGACCAUCAAAGCUAUACACACCUCUGGACUCACCCACGUGGAAAACAAGGAGCAGUACAUCGAGGUGCUGGAGAGCCUGGGGAAUAGCCACCUGACCCAGGACAACAAUGAAGUCUCCACAGGAUUCCUCAACCUGGCUGUGUUCACCCGAGAGGUCACAGCACUCUUCAAAAACCUGGUGCAGAACCUCAAUAACAUCAUGGCCUUCCCUUUAGAAAAUGUCCUGAAGACUGAGCUGCGAGACAGCAGACUAGAGCUAAAGAAACAGAUGGAGAAGAGUUGGAAGGAGUAUGACAUAAAAAUAGGAAAGCUGGAAAAGGAGAGGAGGGAGAAGAGCAGGCAGCUGGGGCUGAUCAAGAUGGAGGGAUCAGAUGGAGGAGAGGACAUGGAGAGAGAGAGGAGGACCUUCCAGCUGCAGAUGUGUGAGUAUCUUCUGAAGAUCCAGGAGCUGAAGGUCCGUCAGGGCCCCGACCUUCUCCAGAGUCUCAUUAAGUACUUCCAGGCCCAGCUCAGUUUCUUUCAGGACGGACUGAAAGCAGCUGAGAACCUCACCCCCUUUGUCGAGAAGCUAGCUGCAUCUGUGCACACGAUACGCGUAGACCAGGAUGAGGAGGUGCGACAGUUGUUGCAGUUGAGGGACUCUCUCCGACUGCUCCUACAAGUGGAAGGGAAAGAGGAAUACCUGAAUAGGAAGAACUCUGGCAGUGGCUACAGCAUCCAUCAACCCCAAGGCAACAAGAAGUACGGGACAGAAAAAUCUGGUUUUCUGCUGAAGAAGAGUGAUGGGAUUAGGAAGGUGUGGCAGAAAAGGAAGUGCGGGGUCAAAUAUGGCUGCUUGACCAUAUCCCACAGCACGAUCAAUAGGCCGCCGGCCAAAUUGAACUUGUUGACCUGUCAGGUGCGGCCCAACCCUGAGGAAAAGAAGACCUUUGACCUGGUCACUCACAAUCGGACGUACCAUUUUCAGGCGGAGGAUGAGCAGGAAUGUAUGAUUUGGGUGUCGGUGUUACAGAACAGUAAGGAGGAGGCCCUGAACACGGCAUUAGGAGGAGACCAACUCCACCUGCAAGACAGCGGGCUCCAGGAACUCUCCCGAGCCAUCAUCACCGAACUACGACACAUGCCCGGCAAUGAGGCUUGCGCCGACUGCGGAGCACCAGAUCCUACCUGGCUAUCCACCAACCUGGGCAUCCUGACCUGUAUUGAAUGUUCUGGGAUCCACAGAGAACUGGGAGUACAUUACUCCAGGAUCCAGUCUCUAACGCUGGAUGUACUCAGCACCUCUGAGCUACUGCUGGCGGUCAGCAUCGGCAACACCAGAUUCAAUGACAUCAUGGAAGCAGGCCUUCCCAAUGACUCUAUCAAGCCACUCCCACAAAGUGACAUGAAUGCCAGAAAGGAGUACAUUGUAGCAAAGUAUGCGGAGCGUCGCUACGUCCUGCGGAGAGAGGAAGCAGAACCUUCCCGGGUUUAUGAUGCCGCGAGGAGUCGGGACCUCACUUCCCUUCUACAGCUCUACGCCGAGGGAGGGGACCUGGCCAAACCGCUCGCCGUGCCCGAUGGGAAGGACAUCAGAGAGACUGCCCUCCACCUCUCUGUGCGUCUGGAGGAGAAGAGUUCUCUGGCACUGGUGGACUUCCUCAUCCAGAACAGUAACUGUCUGGAGAAGAGAACGACAGAGGGAAACACUGCUCUCCACUACAGUGUUCAACACCACAAGCCCGAGUCUCUCAAACUGCUGCUUAAAGGAAAAGCUGCCCUUCACACAGUGAACUCAGCAGGAGAGACAGCUCUGGAUAUCGCCAGAAGGCUGCAACACACCCAGUGCAUUGAGCUGUUGGAGCUGGCACAAAGUGGGAAGUUCAACUCUCAGAUCCAUGUGGAUUUCUUGUGGGAGACUCAGGAGCUGUAUGACAGUGAGGAUGACCUGGAUGAGAGGACAAGCCCAUCGUCCAGAAGCCGUCGCUCUCCUCUUCCCUCAAAUGGAGCUGUCAGGGCGUCGUCCGCCCGCUGUAGCAUGGUCAAUGGUGCAAACGCAAAUACGGGAGGCAGGCCCUGUCAGACCUAUGAGAACCUGGACUUCCUGUAUGGAAACCCUCCUGCCAAUAGCGCUCCAUCUGGAGGCUCCAUGCCACCACCGUUGCCAGCUAAAUCCAUCCAAAGAGGUCGCUCGGAUCCCCAGAUCUCUGUCACCAGCCAAGAAGGAAACCACGUCCCAAGGCGCUGCUCAAACCCGCCCUCCCAGCCAUCCAGUCACCAGAUUCAGGCUAGACACAGCCCUCCGUCCCCCAGUCAAGAGACGCAGGGCCAGGGGGCCAGACCACCAAGAUCUCCCCACGCACAGGGAGCCCUGCCAAGGGGACAGAGGCAGUGCAUGUCCUGGGAGGGUCAGUCUGGUUCUGGUUCUGGUUCUCAAAGCAGCAUCGCUUCAACAUCCUCUCAGAACCACAUAGGGCCUGUGAGUUCAGAGAAGACCACAUCGUAUCGUCGGACCAGCAACGGAGGAGCGGGGCAGGGAAAGAGUGGUGUGGUGUCCCCAACGUGUGUGGGCAGUCAGGAGGAGUUGUACUGUAGUCUAGUGGGGAAUGGCCCCAGCCUGGCCCCAGCACAGACGCUGAGCCCGGUUCUCACACAACCUUCAUCUUCUUCACCGGUCAUGGUCCCCGCCCCACGACCACGCAGGAAUGCAAUGGUCUCUGGCAUCAGGCCCCGCCAGAAACGUGUCAAAGCUCUGGUGGACUGUAGGGCGGUCAGCUCUGAACAGCUCGCCUUUUUCAAAGAUGAGAUUAUUGUAGUUACAGCCACUGAUGACCCCCACUGGUGGGUUGGUCACAUAGAAGGAGACACAUCAAGAAUUGGGUCCUUCCCUGUCAACUACGUCCACAAACUGGGAGAAUGAAGGGACAUGGACUAUGCUUGGCGUACAGUGACUUCGGUAUGUUUUUCAUACUAGAUAAAAUGAACCUGCAAACCAUGGAGUUCUCUUGGAUGUGAUUAUGAACUGGAACGGGAGGAUUUGAGCAAACUUGGUUUAUUUCUACACAAGGACAUUGGACCCAAGGAAUAACCGAGGAUAUAGUGCCUUAUACAUUCUGACAGGCAUUCAUCCAGGAAACCAGGAUGGGAACUGAAGCCCCUUAAAGCUCCUGCAGACAUCUGACUAAACAGGCGAUACGUUUCCCUAAGCCACGCACUGCUGUUCAUACAGCCUGUUGACUUUUUCCCGCAUAUGUUUUAAAGUCAAUUUGGUCAUUAUUGACACAAUUUGUAUGGUUAGUUUUUGGGAUUUGCUUCACCGAUCCCAGAGAUGGAAAACCGCCUAAGGCACUUUAAGCUCGAUGAGAUGAAAUCCUCAGAGGACUAUGGAAAACUGUAGGCAUGUGCUUAGCCUGUCGAUGUGUUGUGAUGAACACAAUAGCGCUAUUAUUUUGUGGGGUGGAAACCUUGGCCCUGCUGCCUAACCUGAUUUUUGGGCACAAAUCCAGCACUACCUGGCCAGUGGCAGAAAGAAGGGGUAAGAUUAAUUUGUCAGUGGCUCUGGGUGUUGUCUGUCUGUGGAGAAUAAGGAAAGUAUAUAUAAGGAAAGAGACUGUCUCUGUUCUGCCAGGAAAUAGCACUUGAAGAUAGGAGGUCUUGUAAGUAACAGCACUCCGCUGUAGCAAUUGGUUCAAUGAAUACAAGCGCACACACAACUGUAUGCACGCAUGUGAUAUCAGAUCAGAUGAACACAAGCAGACUUGCACAUAUGCACAUACUCGUCUUGCAGGACUGAGGAGUACCAAAGUCACCUGAUCAAUCCUGUCCUAAGCAAGAACUGCUACACUUUGAUGCCCAAUAAGCAUCAAGUAGCAGCAAUCUUAAUAUAUUUUAUGACAAAUCCUCUCAUGCUUUUAAUGUAAAUAUUCAUCUUAUACCUGCGUACUGUAUAUAUUUCCCAUUUUUCAUAUUUUCUGAUUUGUUUUGCAAUACAAAGACAUGUUAUCAUCUUUACCGAUCAGUCUUACUGUUUUGUUGGCAACUUUUCUUUUUUUAUAAGCAGUCUAAAUGGUAAUGAAAAAGAUUGAGAGAGGGUUGAAUGUGCGAUCAUGAAAUAUCGUGUCGCAUGCAUCACCCACAACCGUUGCGUUUACUCAGAGCUGAUAAGCUGUACGGGUGACCGCGCUGCAGGUUUAUUUCCUGCAUGCUCACCUGUUUAGGCAAGGGCUAAAGAGGUGUCUGCCUGGCUAUCUCUAUCUGAUAUCACUAUUUGACUGUGUUAAUGAAUGAACAAGCAAACCCAUGAGAUUGACCUUGUAUGAUGUGAUUGUCAUGUGAUUGAGGAGAAAGACCACGCUUUAAGGACAAAAUUUGUACAAUUGUAAUGAGGAACUCAUUUGUGAAUUAUGUCAAAUGUUUGAAUAUAUAAGUGCAAUCGUUAUGACAUUAGAUCACAUUCACAUUGGUACAGAACUGUAUUUUUACAGUUGUAACAUACACAUAUGCAUAAUAAAGUAGUGUACUCUCUU